GCUGCACCACACUUCUUCUUUCUUCCUUCCCCUCUCGCUCGCCUCCGUGACGUCGUUGCCAUUUCGCUGUGGCGCCCGAAUAGAAGCCAAAACGAAGAAGUACACAUAUAAUAGCAAGGAAACACCUGAGCUCUUUCUUUUACCGCUCUUCCUCGUGCCGACUCACUUACACGUCUUGUGAUUUCGUCGAGCGAAAGAGGUGGAAAUACUUUUUUGCCUUCUCUCCUCUUUUCUCUCUUUCUUUAGGAGUACCUCCACACACACACACACGCGCACUGAUCUAUCGACAAUCGCUCUCCAAUGAGUCGCAGUGCCAUUAUCCCGCCGGUCUACCCAAACCGCGAUGCCCAGGACGUUGAGAACCACCGCGUCACGGCCGCCGUCGCCGACCUCGCCGAGAACAGCCUCGGCAUCGCAGACAACUUCGCCACGUACGCGGAGGGCCGUCUGCCGCCCCUGGGCCACAACGCCGAGCGCUUGACGGCCGCCGUGCAAGAGCUGUUCGCCCGCUACCAGCAUGAGCGUCCCGCCGGCUGGGAGGAGACGCGGUUCCUCGCCGAGUGUGCCCAGCGCGUGACGCCGGCGCAACUGGAGGAGAUCUACGCCCGGCCCACCCUCGACGUCGAGGCGGUGACCAAAGCGCUGCGUGAGCUGGAGCACGCCGACCUCACCCGCGGCCGCUACUUGGUGAUGCGCGACAAUCUGACCGCGCUGAACCCGCACUGCGGGGCGCGGACCGUCGUGCACGUCCCGGAGGCGCUCACCGCGCUGCACGACAUCCAGCACGUCGACCCGGCGGAAGAAAUCAAAGAUGAGCUGGCCGAGAUGGACGUGCAGCGGGUGCACUGCGCGGCGGAGGUGAAGGAGGCGCAGAACGUGUACGACGCAGCCCGCGCGAGCGAGGACGUGGUGGCGGUGGAGCGGGCACAUCGGCACCUGAUCGCGGCGCAGUACGAGUACGUGGUGUGCUACGCGAAGCGGCUGCACUUCCUCAACGAGACGGAGAGCGGGGGCGAGGUGGUGCACUUUGCGGAUCGCCUGGAGAAGAUCCGGCAAGACGCGGAGGACGGCGUGAAGGAGUUCAGCGAGGACAAGGAGGCGCUGCGGGACGCCCUGCAGGCGGACAUGGACAAGUGCAAGGAGGCAGGCACGCAGGAGGCCGCGGCCCACGACGCCGCACGCACCGCCUUCGAGGAUCAGAAAAAGGCGAUGGGGGACAACUUGAACGCGCUGAUUGAGCGCAAGUUGCAGCUGAUUGAGGAAAUCGAGCAGCGCGCGGCGGAGCUGCGGGACGUGAUGGAGCGUCAGCGCGCCGUCACCCAAGACGUCGCCGAGGCCGUGAAGGCAGAAGCGGAGCGGGUAACGGCGCACGACGAGUUCGUGCAGAUUGCGGAUCAGCACGAGCGGCGUCUGCAGAAGUGCCUCGACUACUGCGCCGACUGCGCGCCGGUGGUGCAGGAGAUGGAGGCGUACGUGAGGAACAUGGUGCCGAAGCUGCCGUGCGACGCGUCGGAGAAGGCCCUGAACGACAUCAUCGACCGCGAGACGGCGGGCUUCUUGGAGGCCUACCGCGCCUUUGUCUUCUCCUGCGGCGACCUCACCGUGAAGAAGACGCACCGCCUCGACACAUUGGAGCGGCAGGCGCGGCUCGCGCAGCACAACCGCGACAGCGCGAUGGACAGCCUCGACCCCAACUACGAACAAUACCGCGGCGAGCUGGCGGAGGUGCUCGCGCAGGCGCAGGCGGUGGAAGGCGUCAUCAACGCCCUCCACGCUACCCAGGAUGCCGGCGAGCAGGUCUUUGAGUCGGUGGAGGACAUCGUGCUCUCCUCCUGUGCUCGCGCCGGAGACACCUUUGUGCACCCCCUGCAGGAGUUCGGUCACGAGUCCGUCGCCGCGCGCACGCGGUUUGUGGACCACUCGAGCAAGUACGUGGAGGGCGAGGAGCAGGAGGUGAGCCUAAAGCGCGCGCAGAUCGCCAACGCGAAGGCGCUCGUAGCGAAGGAGCAGCAGGCGUUGGAGCGCGCCGUGGCGGCGGCGGCGGCACGCGGGGAGAGUGGGGCGGCGGCCAUCACCGCAGCGCCCACGAAGGAGAGCGCCGCCGCCCCCUCGACCCCGCCGGCCCAAAUUGAACUGUGA